AGUGAGAAUGGUAUAUGUAGAAUUUGUCAUGAAGGUGAUGGAAAUGAAGAAUUAGUAGCACCAUGUUAUUGUGCUGGUUCUGUAGGGGCAUUACAUCUGACGUGCCUGGAACGUUGGCUGGGUACAUCUAAUACCACACGCUGUGAAAUCUGUCAGUAUCAGUUUAAAGUAGAGAGACAGUCUAGAUCAUUCUGGCAGUUCUUGCGUCACCCAUCAGUAACAGCAGACAGAAGAAAUAUGAUGUGUGACGUUGUUUGUUUUCUAAUCUUAACACCACUUACUGGUAUUAGUGCCUUCCUGUGUAUGAUGGGGGUACAACAUUAUGCUCAGUGGGAUGGAAGGUGGGAGGUUCCAGGUCUAGCCAUGCUAACUUGUUGUUUAUUAGUCAUAUAUACCAUCUGGUGUUGUGUGGCUAUGAGACAUCAUUAUAAAGUUUGUCGUGAAUGGCAGAAUCAGAAUCAGAUCAUUAAAAUACGA